UUCCGCUACGAUGUGUUAUUCACAAUUUGAAUCCAAAUUUAAUUGUGUGUAGAGAUCAAGUCUCUCAUUGAAAAGUGUACAGAAUUGCAUCAGGAGACAACUUCGUAUCAACAUAUCAAUCACAAAAAUGAAUUCAACCUCCAUUAAUUCAACCAACAACCAAAAGUCGAAGGAAAAAUUGUCCCGGAGCACCAGUUCAUCAUUACCCGUGGCAAAAGCAACCAAAGUGGAAGAAGAAGAUUGCAAACAAAAGUUUUCAGAACAAUUCCAGGAAAAUGCGGAAGUGGAUGGAGUUUCCGUAAAACGCAGAUUUUCACUAGAUUUUCUCGGACUCCGGCGAGGAAGUAAAGCCAAGUUUGACCUUUUAAAGGGAAAGCGUGACAGCACGGCGAGCAUUUCUUCACAGGAUUCUCAGGGGUCGAAGGAUUCUACAUUGGCGAAUAAUCAACGUCGAAGGAGUUCCACAAGAAUGGAGGGCACUUCGGACCUUGCUGCCUGGUGCGUUGGAUAGUCAUACAAAAAUGCAUGCAAAUUUAUAAAACCACAAACUAUGUAAAUAGGGACGACCUCAAAUAAUACCUCAAGAAAAUAUAUGCAUAAUAUUUGUAACGUACAA